AUGGAGUCAACUUCCCCGAGCGGAACCUGCUCAAGGCAAGCCAGCCCUCAAUGCGCCGCGAUAGGACUCUCCGCACCCAAUGGAUCGACUAACACGCAUGUCCAACAGAAAUCACUCCAAAGCUUCUUCGGAAUCGGAGAUUUCACCUCCAGCCGUAUCAUGGCCCGCUUCAACAUUCACCCCACAUGCCGCGUUGGUGAGCUCGCCAACAAGCAGGUCCUGGACCUCACCGCCAUGCUUUCGGAGAUGAAAAUUGAGAACGACUUGCGCCGAGAAGUUUUGAACAACAUCAAGCGGUUGAAAGAGACUGGAACUUACCGUGGUCGACGUCACGCGCUGGGUUUGCCCGUGAACGGACAACGGACCCGUACUCAAGUGAGCAUCACUCUUCCCUACGCGAUUCUGCUGCGUAGGAUCGCGCCAGCAUGA